GGCAGGAGGAAGAGGAGGAAGGCGCGAGGGCGGCCCGGGGCCCCUCCAGAGGGAGCUGCUGCCCAGCGCAGCCCAGGCCCCCUGCAUCCGCGGCUGAAGGGCGGGAAGAGAGGCCCCCUCCUCCUCCUCCUCCUCCUGCUGCUGCUGCUGCUGCCAGGCUCAGGAGGACGGCCAGCCAGACCUUGGAGGACUUGGGCUGCAACUCCUCUCCCGCUUUCCCUCCUUCCUUCCUGGGCUCCCCCAGCAGCAUGGACUGAGAAGCCUUUGGUCCCAGCUCCGGGGACGGGGCUGUCGCUGGGUGUUUGGUUUGGUGUUUUGUCGGGAGAGUGCCAGGCAUUUGAGGAGGAGAGCCGGAGGAGCUGCCCCUGGCUUGCUUCCCCUCCUCCUCCUCCUCCUCCUCCUCUUCCCUGAUCGAAAUCCUUUUGGAAAAGCCCUCGCCUGAUGCAGCCGCCUGCAGCCCGGCUUGCCUUGGCUCGGCUGUCCAAGGGAUGCAGCAGCUGGGCACCGUUCCCAGCUGGAGGGGCUCCAGCCGAAGCCUGCCCUUCUUCCCCUGCUAGCCGGCCUUAGAGGAGGCUCCGGGGCCAGGAGUGGCGGGCCCUGCCUUCCCUGGGGCUGGGGGCCCAUCUGGGGAAGCCCUCUAGAAGGAUGCUGGCCGGAUGGAGAGAGCUCUCUACAGGGAUCAGCGCCGUCCUUGGUUGCCUCCUCUUCUUCUGGCUCCUCUAUUCUCAGCCCACGAAGGAAGGAAAGGAACUGGAAGUGGGGACAUGUGAAAUCACGGCAUUGGACAGAGAUAUAAGCCAUCCCAAGAGGAUGAUCGCCAGGCAGACAGCACGGUGUGCCUGUAGGAGGGGCCAAGUCGCUGGGACAACAAAAGCAAAACCUGCCUGUGUGGAUGCUCAGAUCAUUGUCAACAGACAGUGGUGUGGGAUGGAGCCCUGCGAUGAUGGGGAACAGUGCACAUUGCUAAUAAAUCGUUCAGGCUGGAGCUGUACUAGGCAACUGGGACGAAUAAAAACAGUCACGGUCUCUUGACAACAGUUGCAUAUUCAUCUGCAAGACCAACUUCUCCCGUUUCCUGUGUACUGAUGCCAGAGUUUGAAGGUCAUCUCAUCAUGGGAGGAGAGAGACAGUCAGUGACUUCACUAUGGGAUCACCCCCAUGAAUCAGGGCCCACCCUGCCUGUCUUUUCUCUUGUGCCUGCAUAUGGGACACAUAGACUAACAGAACAGUGUAUCAGGGUGGUACAUGGGAGAUUUUAUUUUCUCUCUCCCCUUUCCCCACCAAAAGGAAAUACACCUAUUUCUGGCUUAAUUUGUGGGGGUUUGAGCUGAAGUACGGUUUUCUGUAUAGAUUUUUUCCCCUGUGACAACAGAGGAUUUGCCUUGGUACCCAAGAUUUCAACAGGCCUCCUAGAUUUGAGGGGAAUGGCUGCCUCCUUGAGACAUAUGGUUAUGACAGACUGAGGCCGUUGCUAAGAGUCUGGGAUGCUCUCCAGUUGAUGUGAAGAAAAUGUUCUUUGUGCCUCUUCCUUUCACUCAUCAAAGCCCUGCCAUCCAAAGGAGGUGAGAAGACGCUAAAGGAACAUGUAAUUGCUGCCAUUCUGGACCAUUGUUUGCUAUGUCUACAGAUGAAAAGAGUUCCACAAAGACUUUGGAAGAUAGUCUGUUCAUGCCACUUUCUGGUAAAAGGCCCCUGUGGAAUGGCAGGGUGAUUGCCCUGGACCAAAAAAUGAAAUGUCUGUUUCAUGAGCUUACACCCUCCAUUUGUGUUUACAGCUUUUUAUUUAUAGCAAUUUACUCAUAGUACCUGCCCAGUCAACUGCUGAGAAUAAUUUUCACUUACCAGUAAUCAGAGCAGACUCGGAAAUUUGAGAAGCAUUGAUUUAAUAGAAUUAGUUGCAUUUUACUGUUGGUACAUUCUUACUUGAAAAGGUAUUCUUGGGAUUGAGUUUUCAUGUCUGACUUGAGAAGGUAUAAACUCCCAUCCAAUUUGUCCCUCGGGUCACAUCUGUCAGCUGGUACUAUGUUGGAAAUUACUGAAAAGUGGCUGCUUUUCCCCCAGGGCAUAACAUGAAGCAGGGUUUUUGAAAGAGCUACAUCUUUGCUUAUUGCAUCUUUACCUGAAAUAGUUAUCCCUCUUUUAGGAAUUAAAGCUGCAUCUGGAAAGCAGUUUCUCCCACAGUUGUUCUAGUGCUGUAGCACUAGCCUGAAAGUGGAAGAGAAGACACCAAUUUAGUCAGUGCAUUGGUGCUUAUUGGUAGUCUGAAUUGAGCCUUGGCUGCCACUGUGUUUUUUGGCAACCAGGAUUGGGACUGGCUCAGCUCCUUUGUCGUUUGCAGAAGAAUGAAGCACAGAGGUGAUCCAAAUCCUUGCAGUUCUAACACUCAGCUGAGAUCCUGUUUAAUGCUAUCAGAGCAAAAGCUUCACCAGCAUAAUUGUGGAGAUGGAGGCAACAGCAGUCAUGGAGGAAGGGGGAGAGGCAUAGUAUGGCUAGUACCUUCCCAGAGCUGUUCCAGUAGUCUCAGCAUAUCCUUGUGGUCAUGGAGUGAGGAGAUGAAGCUGUGCCUAUAUGCUAUUCUAUUGUGGAUGAAUGGGGAAAUGGCUUGUGUUAUGGGGAUAUGAGUUACUUCCUUACAGAAGUGUCUGACUAGUACAACCACUGGUGUAACACUUCAAGAGGAUUCUGGCUAUCAAAUAGGUCCCAGAACAAAGCACUUAUACUGCACUAUUGCAUACCCUCACAGAGUUGGAUAAACUCUAUCAAGGAAGCCACAGACCUGAGUGUGGAGGACCUGAGCAGUGCUGUUACUGACAGGUGGUCUUAGAGGUCUCUCACUCACAGGGUCACCGUUAAGUUGAAGCUAGCUUGAUGGCACUUGACAAUAACAAUACCUACAGCCUUCCCUAGUUUAGAAGGUACUAGUUUCAUACCUUGCCCAUUUAUGGCAAAGUCAUGCAGUCCCCCAGCCAAGCCAUUAUACAUCACAGUUGUCUUAAGCCACAAGUCUCACAAGACCAAAUAAGGUUAGAUACCACAGUUUAUUGACCCACUGUUUUUUUUAACAAGUUGCUGUACUGAUUUCAAUUCUUCCCCAAUCUACAAAUGACUCCUUUAACUUUUUCCAUUGUGUUUGUCUCUUUAUCCACUUUUUAUUUAAAAAAAGUAUUAAAAGUCUCCCAAGACUUGUUAGUAAUCAAUGUAUGAGAAUUAAAACUGUAGAAAGCUCAGCCUUCUUCAUCUGUAAAAAUCAAAGGUUUUGGGCCAACUCCCAACUCAACAUACUUUUUUUGUCUCAUUGUGAGCCAGUCUUUUAUGUUUCAAGGGCCUUUUCCAUUGUAAUCUUCAAAAUUUGUACCAUCAAAAAAGAAAGGAAAUAAAACUCUAACUUUA